UUGCAGUGAGACAGCGAGAUUUCUCUGGAGGAGCUAACAUUUUGUAUCUAGCCACAAUGCUUUCAACACAGUUUUCUGGAAAUAAUGGGGGGAUGAAAGAGUAUCAUUACACUGGACCAGUAGAACACAAGUUCUCCCCAUAUGCAUUCAAUGGAGGGACUGUGUUGGCUGUUGCUGGCGAGGACUUUGCUAUCGUUGCCUCAGACACACGCUUAAGUGAAGGCUACUCGAUCCACAGUCGUGAUUCUCCAAAAUGUUACAAACUGACAGACACAACAGUGAUUGGCUGCAGUGGAUUCCAUGGCGACUGCCUCACUCUGACUAAAAUCAUUGAUGCAAGGCUGAAGAUGUACAAGCAUGCAAAUAACAAGACCAUGACCAGUGGAGCCAUCGCUGCUAUGUUGUCUACAAUUCUGUACGGCAGGCGGUUUUUCCCCUACUAUGUCUACAACAUCAUCGGUGGCCUUGAUGAGGAGGGGCGGGGUGCAGUUUAUAGUUUUGACCCAGUUGGAUCCUAUCAGAGAGACACUUACAAAGCUGGAGGCUCAGCUAGCGCAAUGCUGCAGCCACUGCUUGACAACCAGAUUGGAUUCAAGAACAUGGAGAAUGUGCAGCAUGUGCCUUUGACCAAGGAGAAGGCCGUGCAGCUAGUCAAAGACGUUUUCAUCUCAGCAGCUGAGAGAGAUGUGUACACUGGGGAUGCCCUGAUGAUCUGCAUCGUUACCAAGGAGGGCGUCAAAGAGGAGAUGGUACCACUCAGGAAGGACUAAGCCAUGCAUUUGGCCGCGCCAAAAUCAUUUUGCUUUCCGGGAUUUUACAUGUAAUGGAUCCUUCACUUACUGUUCUUUUUGUAUUCUCACUAAAAAUAAAAAUCUGUUCAAUGUA